AUCACGGUCGACUCUAUGGAGCUCUUUUCAUUAACAGCUCUUAGGUCGACAAAUUUAGAGGAAUAUAUAUGUAUAAACACUAACGACCGUAAGAGUGAGCAUCCUUAUGUCAACUUAUAG